AUGAACACUACAAACAAUAAUGGCAUUAUGAAUAGUGACAUAAACAGCUUAGUUUCAUCUUAUCUGGAUUCCCAAAUGUUACUUUACCUAGUAAGAUGGUUCAAAGAAAUGAAAAUUUAUGAUUUGGAAUCUCUUAAGUCAGCCGAAAUAGAUGUUUUAAAAACCACGCAUUUUUAUGAUGAUAUGAAGGAAUUAUAUCCCCAGAUUUUAGCAGAAGAAUUAUCUAAAAAGGAUUGCACUUUAACAAAGCUUGAAUCAUUGUCAAGAUCCUUGAGUUCUCUAAUAGCUGCACUUAAAAAAUGGAAGGAAACUCAUGAUGAAUCUAGCAGGAGUCUAAAAAAAAAAUCUUUAAUUGAACUACAACAUUGGUAUUUGGAGAGUGAUAAUGAUUUAUGUCCUAGUUCGUCAAAUAGCUCAAAUACGGAUGCUGAAGAUUUAAAUAAUGAAUCCCAACUAUUUCCUUCUAAUCCAGUCCAAAUGUUAAUUCGUCUCUCACGUUUAUUUUACUCUUCUGGAAAAUAUAGAGAGUCGCAAAACAUACUAGAUAUAAUUCUUAAAAUUAUUCCAGAUUGCACUAAUAUUGAGGUUCCCUUGAUAAUGAGAGUGGAAUGUUAUUUUGGUUCCAUUGCAAAUGGAAUUGUUUCUAAUUUGUCAAAAUAUUCAGAACCUAUUGAACCAGCAGCAUAUCUUAAUUAUUUCCAACUAAUUGAUGACACAUUGUCGAGGGAAUUUCACAAAAUAAAUCCGAUCCAGAUUUAUUUAUACAAAAGCUGGUUAGUGCAUUGGUCCCUUUUCCCUCUAUUUACACAAUAUUUCAGAGAAUCAUCUUUUUCUGCUAACAAAUCUUUUUCUAAUGUAAGUGGCCAAAGCAUUGCAAAUACUACGCAAAAUAAUUCAAACUCUAACAAUAGCAAUUCUAUUGGUUCAAACAUAAACGUUAAUGCCAAUGUUUGGGGUCCGUUUCUUGAUUGGUUUGCUUCUGAAAAAAAUUUUCAGGUUAUUUCGACUGUCUGCCCUCAUUUGAUAAGGUACCUAGCCUGUUUUGGGAUAGUAAUGAGACGAAAUAAAGACAUUUUGGAUAGCAUUGUAAAUAUCAUUACAUUGAACAGAGAUAAAUAUAAAGACCCUUUUACAGAACUCAUCCUCAACCUACUUGUAAAUUUUGAUUUUGAAGCUUCUCAAAAGAUACUUAAUAAUUUUAAUUCUGUUACAGAGAAUGACUUCUUUUUAAAUCCAAUACAAAAGUAUAUAGAAGAAAACGCAAGGCUUCUCAUUUUUGAAAUAUAUUGUAGAAUUCAUAAAUCAAUCGAUCUUAAUGUGAUAUCAAAUGAAUUAUCUAUGACCAGCAUUGAGGCAGAACGCUGGAUAGUUAAUUUGAUUAGGAAUGUCCAUCUCGAUGGAAAACUAGAUUAUGAGCAUAAUAGAGUUGAAAUGAUUGAUAGGAGUAAUAAUCCUUCUCAACUAGUUUCAGAUAAAACAAGAAACAUAUUAUUUAGAAGCAAUUUGCUGAUUCAAAACUUAAGUAAUAACCCUUCGUUCAAUUACAACAAUUCUCAGAAAAAUAAACAAAACUGGAGAGUACAACCUAACAAGCAAUCUAAUAGAUCAGAAAAAAGAGAACAGAUGUGA